CAUGAUAUGAUCUGAUCCAUGCAUGAAUCUCAAGCACUAAUCUACUCAUUCUCUCCUUCUUGUAUUCUCAUCGAACGACGAACGCCUCUUUCAAUCAAUUCCAAUUCACUGCAUCAGUGGCGGUGUGUGAUUCAGAGCUGCACACAUUCAAUUCGGUGACGCCCCUCCACCGCUUUUGUAGCGCUUCUACUCGAGACAGACAAAUCGAGACAGCUCAUCGCGUGCCAGCGCAAGGGUAGCACAUUCACAAUGGCAGAACACGCACAUUCCUUACAAGCACGCUUUCUUCACAGUCUGCCCAAGACUUCCUCUUCCUCAUCGAUCGCGGAUAUGAGGGUCAACGAUCCGCAGAAGCUUCGAGUCUUGGUGGCGGCAAAUGGGUCCAAAGAUGUAGCAAAAGCUCUCGCGCUUGUUGUACGAUUGUCGAAGAACCCCAAGAUUGAAACCCGAGCAAUAGUAGACGAGGAAUCAUGGCCGGCUCACCGUCUGUCGCAGGAGACGCUUGCGUUGCAGAAUAGAAGCUUCAGACCGAGUCAGGAGACAGACGAAGCGCAAAAGAGUAUCGAACGUUCGCAGGUCGAGUUCUACAAGCAGCAGGCGUACGAGUUAUGUGACUGGGCGGAUAUGCUGGUUCUGGCGCCCAUUGAUGCGGAUACGUUUGCAAAGAUGCUACAUGGUAUCACCGACUGCUUGCUUCUGGAAAUACUGCGAGGAUGGGACGUAUCGAAGAAGAUAUUGCUGGUUCCGGGGAUGACGACGGCCAUGUGGGAGAAUCCAAUGACAAAGAAGCAGUUGAGCAAGGUGCGGAGGAAGUGGCAAUGGGUUCGAGUUAUGCAGCCUAUUUUAUGGCACUACGACGACAAAGGCCCCUCGAAAGUACUCAUGGCUUGGGAUGGGUUUAACGAAUUGGUGGAUGUGAUCAAGAAUCAGGCGGAGCUGAUGUCAAUUGGCCAUGAUGUGGAUGUGGCAACUGCUGGAGCUGCGACAAUGGCACGGCACAACAUGCAGACGGAUGCCCUGCUUCCUCCAGAACUGUGGACGUUGAUAUUUGAGCGAGUUGGAGAUUGGGAAAUUGCGAAAGCCCUUCAUGUCUAUACGAGCCUUCCUGUACCUCCUGAAUGGCACGAUCGACCGAAUGAGACGAAGGAUGAAUUACAAACCUUUAUGUGUUCUUUGGAAUGGACAAUCCUGACACAAUCGACCGAGCAUAUCAUCGAGAAGUUAAAAGGAGCACCCAAAAACAUGAGGUUUCUUUCAAGUCUAUGUGUAAAGUUGGUCAUAAAGUUUUGUCUCAUUGACAUUCUGAACCACUUGGAAGUUAAUUUCAAGGAUGUUUUCUGGUCCUCCUUUGGGCAGAAACUCCUACCGACAAAAGCAUCAGCUGUUUAUGGGCGAACCGAAAUUUUGGAGUGGUGGCGAACGUCUCCGACAUUUCUCUCGAAAGACUACACUGCAGAAGCUAUUGAUGGAGCUUCUAAAUCUGGCUUUGUCCAUGUCCUCGAUUGGUGGCGACGCUCUGGGCUACCGCUCAAGUACACCGAGUCCGCUCUGGAGCAAGCUUCUUCCAAAGGUCACAUUGUAGUGCUAGAAUGGUGGAAACAAGCCAGCUACGCCCACGGUGCCUCAACCUCCAACGACCGAGACGGAACUGCCACGCCUCCCGAAGUCCAACCUGCCCUCCGCCUUAAGCCAGGAAAAUCUCUCCUGGCUGCUGCACAAAACAACCAGGCUCUCGUCCUCCGCUGGUGGGAUAACUCCGGUAUUCCAAUCUCGUGCUCUGAAUCCGUCGCCAAGAUCGCUUCCGCUCACGGCCACGUCGAAGUCCUUGACGCCUGGCGCGAAAUCAAGGGCGAGAAAAUGCAAUUCGAUAGUAAAGUCCUCGUGGAGCCCACGAAGAACGGACACGUCAAUGUCCUGGAAUGGUGGAAGAAUCUCAGCAGAGGCGUAGAUGGGAGAGCGGGACCGAAGGUCGAAUAUAAGACUUGUGAUAUUGAGGAGGCGUUGGAGGAUAGUAUUGGGAGUGAGGGGACGGCGUUUGAGGUGAAGAGGUGGUGGGCGCAGAAUGGGUUGAAUUUGGGAGUCGGGGUUAGUGAGUGGACGAAGGUCAAGAUUCUUUGAGCGGGCUUGCACGGGCUUGCAGGUUCAAUGUGCUAGGAUUCGGGAUCAUUCAGAUUGGGUAUUGCAAUUUAGCGUGGCGUCCUGGAGCGUGAGUUAUGAAUAGGAGGUUCUGUGUAGUAACAUGAUGACCAAAUUGAGAAACUUAUAUCAG